AUGGCCCAGCCCUACCCCCCUGCCCAGUACCCCCCUCCGCCUCAGAAUGGAAUCCCAGCUGAAUACGCCCCGCCUCCACCACACCCCACACAGGACUACUCCGGCCAGACCCCAGUCCCCCCAGAGCACGGCAUGACCCUCUACACACCAGCACAGACGCACCCUGAGCAGCCGGGCACCGAGGCCAGUACACAGCCCAUUGCUGGGACCCAGACAGUGCCGCAGGCAGAUGAGGCAGCCCAGACGGACAGCCAGCAGCUCCACCCUUCUGACCCUACGGAGAAGCAGCAGCCCAAACGACUACAUGUCUCCAACAUCCCCUUCCGGUUCAGGGACCCUGACCUGCGGCAAAUGUUCGGGCAAUUCGGGAAAAUUUUAGACGUGGAGAUCAUUUUUAACGAGCGGGGCUCCAAGGGUUUUGGGUUUGUAACUUUUGAAACUAGCUCAGAUGCUGACCGAGCCCGGGAGAAGCUGAAUGGGACGAUCGUAGAGGGACGGAAAAUUGAGGUUAAUAAUGCCACAGCCCGGGUCAUGACCAAUAAGAAGCCUGGAAACCCAUAUGCUAACGGCUGGAAGCUAAACCCUGUAGUAGGGGCAGUCUAUGGGCCUGAAUUCUAUGCAGUGACCAGUUUCCCCUACCCCACCACGGGCACCGCCGUCGCCUACCGGGGUGCACACCUGCGGGGCCGGGGCCGUGCUGUGUAUAAUACAUUUCGAGCUGCACCACCUCCGCCCCCCAUUCCGACUUAUGGAGCGGCACUGGAGCAAACGCUUGUUAAAAUGCCAGUCCCGUGGGCGGGGCUGGCACCGUGCCCCCUCCCUCCUCAGCAGACACCGGAGCCGGCCUACCCCGCCUCUCCAGCGUUCCCACCACUCUCUUGUCCGUUUGCUUCCAGGGUCGUGUAUCAGGAUGGAUUUUAUGGUGCUGAGAUUUAUGGAGGCUAUGCAGCUUACAGAUAUGCUCAGCCCGCAGCCGCAGCCGCCGCAGCCUACAGUGACAGUUAUGGCCGAGUCUAUGCAGCCACCGAUCCCUACCACCACACCAUCGGCCCCACAGCAACCUACAGCAUCGGAACCAUGGCUAGCCUCUGCCGAGGAGGGUACAGCCGCUUCACCCCCUACUAG